AUGUCAAAUAAUACAAAAAUGGAGAUGAGUAAUUACCCGACUAUUCAUCAUAAGCAAUUGCUCCGACAGACAGAAGGAACAUCUAGCGAAGAAAGUACACGUAGGAAGCGUAGAAAGACAACGCCAUCCCUAGAACAACCCGAGGUAGUAGUUAACGUGACUAACUCCAAUUCACCUAGUUCCGACGAAUUUGAAACCGUCAAUUUGGAUAAGAUACCUUAUGACUCUGACGAUUCGGAUGAUUUUGAAGAUGUGGACUUAAGCGCGACUAAUGAGAACUUGACUAUCACAAUUAAACCUGCAGAAAUGGAGGAGGAGCAGAAGAAGAAGAAACGAAAAGUUAUUAGCUUAGAAGAACGAAACAGACGAGUUGAACUUCACCGUAUGUAUAUCCUUUUGAUGAUUGUGCAUGGAACUAUUCGAAACUCGUGGUGUAAUGAUAAGAACCUUGGCAAUUUACUCAAAAUUUCCUGUGUUGACGAGACGAUAUUGAAGCUAAUUAACCAAGAUCCCAACGAAAAAGUAAUAACCCCAGUGCGCUCUCGACGACUCUUGGAUGGAUUGAAAAAGAUAAUGCAAAAUUACUAUAUUAAUUUCCGCAUAAUCUCGCAGGGACUAAUACGGAAGGACUGGCACGAAUUACUGAUUCCACAGAGAAAGAUAAAACCAGUAGACCAAGAUACAUUUAAAAAAUUUGUACAAAACUUUCGAGGCAGUCGAGACUUAGCUGCACAGGGAUUUCUUGUGCUUUUGCGUGGUGUUGGGCUAAAUGCCCGGUUAGUAUUGUCAUUACAACCACCCGAUUAUACCAUAAUUACCCCACCUUCAGAUUCCAUUGACAACCAAAACCAUUCUGAACCAAAAUUUAAAGACUCAUCAUUUCCAAUUUUCUGGGUUGAAGUUUGGGACAAGUAUUCGAAAAAAUGGAUAAGUAUAGAUCCAAUAGGUUUACAAACCAUCGAAGUCUGUCCCAAGCGAAGGAAAUCCUGCUUUGAACCACCAAUAUCAGACCCUCGAAACCAAUUAACUUAUGUCAUUGCAUUUGACAAGUACGGAAGAGUGCGUGAUGUAACCCGAAGAUAUAGUUUUGCAUACAACGCACGAACUAUACGUAAACGAAUUGAAUUCAGAUCGCAAGAAGACAAGGAUUGGUAUCAGAAAGUACUCCGUGCAUGCGACCUACGUAAGAAAUCAUGUACAACCGACAUAUUUGAAAUGAAGGAGUUUCAUGAACGUGAUUUGGCCGAAGGAAUGCCUGAUAAUUUACAAGCAUUUAAGAACCAUCCUCUAUAUGCUCUAGAAUCGCAAUUACGCCAGAAUGAAAUAAUACACCCCAAAGAUGAGUCAAGUAAAUGUGGAACAUUUCGCUCCAAAACUUCAAAUAAAGUUAUUCCUGUUUACAAAAGAUCGUCAGUGCACCGAUUGCGCUCAGCGAAAGCUUGGUAUCUUAAAGGUCGCGUGCUAAAGGUUGGCGCGAUUCCGUUAAAAGUAAAGGAAGCUCCGGACAUCGAGAAUAACAUUAGAUUGUAUGCAGAGUUUCAGACUCAAAUGUAUAUACCCCCUGCAAUAGUGGAUGGGAAAGUUCCCAAGAAUGAAUUUGGUAAUAUUGACAUUUAUACCAAAACAAUGAUACCCGAAAAUGGUGCUUUCAUACCUAUUUCGGACACACAUUCCAUCAAGUUGCUAAUAAAAGCUGCUUAUUUGAUUGACAUAGACUUUGCCAAAGCAAUAGUGGCGUUUGAUUUUGGGGCCAGGCGGAAGCGACGACCAAAUGUUAAUGCGCGAGAAGGUGGGAUUGUCAUUGAUAAAUCAUACAAAGAAGCAUUGAUGGUGACUCUUGAUCACCUUCUUGAAGAAGAAGAGGCCGAAAAACGAAUGGCCAUAGAAGCAAGUGCUCUUCAUAAUUGGAAAUAUUUCUUGUUGAAACUUAGGGUACAGGAACGAUUGAAUAGAAUUCAUGGGAAAAUUUCUGAUGAGAUUGAAGAAGUUCAUCAAGAUUCAGCAGUUAAAGAGGCUACUACAGGGGAAUUUGUGGCUGAUGAAGAAGAAGAAUAUGAUGGCGGAUUUAUGAUAGCUGCUACAAAAGAAAAAGGGGAACUUCUAGGCGAUAACGCGUCAAUAAAGUUUAAUACAGAUAAUGAGUCCGAAGAAGAGGGGGGAUUCCUCGUUGAAGAAGAUAAACUUGGUGACGAGAAAACAGAAGCUGCAAAAGAUGCAAAAGUUGCAGAAAAUCGAGAUAAAACUGAUCCAGACCAAUCUGGGGUAGAAUUAUAUGUUUCAAGGUCAAACAAAGUAAUCUCACCUGAAACCAUUGAAAUCACCAGCAGCGAAGAAGAGGAACAAUCGGAUGACCAGGAAGUAUCGGAUUUUGUCUACUCCCUGCAAGAGUCAGAUAUCGAAUUUGAAUUCAGUGAUUAGAACAAAAAAAAAUAUUUUUAUUGAUUUCGGAAUUGGAUUCCUAAUGCGGGAACCGAUGUGCGGAAUUUGUACAAGAAGAAGUUAAAAAAUGUAGUCAUUUUUGCUAUUAUAUAAAUGACAGGAUUAUGCAAGUUUUUAAAAUCACCACUUUUCGUAUAA